UCAACAAUAAAGUUGAAACGAAGCAAAGGGAAAAAGAAGAGGCGAGUGAAAUCGAGAUGGUGAGGAAGAAGGGAGUAGCAGAGUUCGAAGAAACGGCGCCGGAUGACUUCGAUCCGGCCAAUCCGUACAAAGACCCGGUGGCCAUGCUGGAGAUGAGGGAGCACAUCGUUCGAGAGAAAUGGAUCGACAUUGAGAAAGCCAAGAUCCUCCGUGACAAGGUCAGGUGGUGUUACCGCAUCGAAGGAGUAAACCAUCUCCAGAAAUGCCGCCACCUCGUCCGCCGGUACCUCGACGCCACCCGCGGCAUCGGUUGGGGCAAGGAUGGACGCCAUCCUUCACUCCACGGUCCGAAGGUUGAAGAGAUUGAGUCAGAAUGAAUGGAUUCAUUCGGUUACAGUGGGUAACUUCCUGUGGCCAUCAAAUGGAGUGUGAGAUUGAAGUAAUUUUUCACCGACAUUGUUAUUAUUGUUGCUUGCGCUGUAAGACUCUUUAACAAGAUUGAACUUGAUGUCAUUUUCUUUGUACUUUCUUGUUAGCAUCCAAAAUCUUGGAUUUAAUUUGGCGAAUCUGUCCAUAACAGUACAUCAGAUAAAUGAAAUAAGUUGUCAUUUCGGAAGGAGUUUGUAGUGUUGCAUAUCCUGUUUGAUUGCU